AUGCAAUUUAGUUAUAUGUUAGAAGGUUUGACAUGUGUUCUGGCUGUCAUACCAGAACCAGAAAAUUAUACAAAAGAAAAGGCCAAAGAGAGAGCAGAAAGGGCUGCCACGAUUGGUCCAACAUGUUAUAACUGUCAGAGUAUUUCUGAUCCUAUGCAAUGUUCAUCAACAAAACAAUGUGCAAUAGACGAGUAUUGUUAUGCCGAAGUGAAUUCUGCUGGAGCUCCAGGACAAACUACCUAUAACUUGGGAUGUAAAAAAGUUCUGACAUGUGCAGCACUAUCUGGUGGAACUAUCCCAGUAGUAGGGAAAAGACACGAGAAUGCUAGAUCAAUAGAUUCUAAUAGGAAGAGACAGACAAUGGCUGAAUGUAACCGAUGCUGUUCUAGCAACAACUGUAACAACAAACUCUGUCAUAUGGAUUCACCAAAUGCACCCAAUCCAACCGUUCCCGGAAGUAGCAGCACUUAUGUCAGAUUAGUUGGAGGAAGUAAUCCAUAUGAAGGAAGAGCAGAAGUGUUUCAUAGUAAUGUAUGGGGAACAAUUUGUGACGAUUACUGGACACCAGAGGAUGCUGCUGUUGUCUGUGGAAUGUUGGGAUACAGCAGAGAGGGAUCCGUGUCGGUUCCAAAUCACGGGUUUGGAUCUGCACCUAGUUUUGCCCAUAUUUGGAUGGAUAAUGUCACAUGUUCUGGAUUUGAAAAUAACAUAGACCAAUGUCAGUUCGCUGGAUGGGGAAUACAUGACUGCAGACACGGAGAAGAUUCCGGAAUAGAGUGUUCAUCGGCCAGCAGUGAAGAUAACAUUAUAUUCGUACUGGAUAUAAACAGAGGUGGUGCCAUCUACAGGAUGAACCUUCAUACAUUGAGUUAUGUGCAAAUACCAAUCAACACACUUUAUACACCAACGGCCAUGGAUUAUGAGGCCACAGAGGGCAGAAUAUAUUUUGUCGAUCCCAGACUACUGCAAAUUGUUAGCGUUCAUUUCAGUGGGACAGAUAUUCGAGAACUAAAACAACUCGAUAGUAAUUCUGAUCUAGAAAAAAUUGAAGUUGACCCUCUUAACCGGAUAUUGUUUUAUGCUGAUACCGGUAACAACCAGAUUGCAUCUCUGCGAUUGGAUGGUACGAAUUUCAAGAUCGUCAUUAACAGUGGUCUGGAUGAACCAAGAGAUGUUGUCCUUGACCCUAGAAGCCAACAGGUGUUUUGGUCAGACUGGGGAUCAACACCAAAGAUAGAAAAGGCCGGUUACGAUGGAACUGGAAGAACGACCAUUGCUAGCACUAAUUUGAAAUGGCCCAAUGGAAUGGCCAUUGAUUUUGAUGCAAACAAACUGUAUUUUGUUGACGCUGGAACAGACAAGAUUGAAGUCAUGGGACUCAAUGGAGAGAACAGACAAACUAUUUACACAGAAACCGGAUCUCAUUUCUUCGCUCUCUCCCUUUAUCAACAAUAUAUAUACUAUACCGACUGGACAAAACAUACUGUGAUGAGAAUAAACAAAGAUGGCACUGGAGCAACUCCCGUCGGCCCAAGAGGAUUCCGAGAGUUAGCCGAUAUUAGAGUUCAUAAAUAUGGCUAUGGACUUCCAGGCGUAGCGACACACGCACCACUAGUUAUCGAUGAAAGCCAUAUGUUUGUUCGAUUCGUUGGAACUGGGCAACAUAACGAGGGUCUUGUUGAGGUAUACGUCAAUGGUGUUUGGGGAACUAUUUGUGAUGACGGAUGGACAAAUACUGAUGCAGGCGUUAUAUGUUCUAUGAUGGGAUUUAGCAGUCAAAAUGCCAUUGCCUUUGGUAAUGCAACUUAUGGAUCCGACAAUGAUGUGCCAAUCUAUUUGGAUGAAGUUAAUUGCAAAGGUACUGAAACACAUAUCGCACAAUGUCAGCUUCCACAAGGAUGGGCACUACAUGACUGUGACCACAACGAAGACGCUGGUGUUAAAUGUCAAUAUGAUCCAAACGCAUUGAAUAAUUUCAUUUUAUCGGCUGACGGAUAUAUGCAAGAGAUAUACCGAAUGGAUAUGGAAACCGGAAGUUAUUCCGCCAUUCCAAAUCAAAACAUUUUCAAUCCCGUGGCAAUUGACUUCGACACAAAGACACGCAAAGUGUUUUAUUCAGACGUCAAACUGUCACAGUUAAGAAGCACAAACUUGGACGGUACUGGAAUGAAGGUUCUUAAACAGUUGAGUUAUGCUGCCACUCCAGACGGUAUUGCUGUUGAUUCUACCAGGCAACGUUUGUAUUAUACUGAUUAUGGUAAUGAACUUGUAGCUUACCUUGACCUUGGUAGCCUCACUCUGACAAAUGUAACAACGACAGAUGUUCACAACCCACGUGGUAUCACACUUGAUACACAAAACCAGGUGAUCUACUGGACUGAUUGGGGCUCUAGUCCUAAGAUUGAAAAAGUGAACUAUGACGGUACUGGCAGAAUGGUUCUUGCUAAUGAUACAUUGAAAUAUCCUAAUGGAAUUGUGUUGGAUACUUCAACGGGAAAACUUAUUUUCUGUGAUGCUGGAACAAACAAAAUAGAAUCUAUGAACACAGACGGAUCACAAAGAAAGGUUGUGUUUGAAGACGCUGGUGCACAUUUCUAUGGUAUAGAUGUCGAUGGUACAUACAUAUAUUUCUCAGAUUGGAACAAAGAUGGUGUCAUGAAAAUUAACAAAGAUGGCACGCAUGAGCUUCCAAUAGGCCCGCCAGUAUUUGGAAAAGUAAAUGCAAUUACAGUUGUGACGAUCUAUCCAGCUGUAAUUCCUACAGUUCCUGGAAAUCACCAAACAUAUGUUAGAUUAGUAGGCGGAGCUAAUCCUUAUAUGGGAAGGGUUGAAGUAUUUCAUAACGGUUAUUGGGGAUCUAUUUGUGAUGAUGACUGGACGGGAAUUAAUGCAGGAGUAGUUUGUGGAAUGCUUGGAUAUAGCAGGGAAGGAUCCGUUGGCGUUUCAGGAGCUGCAUUCGGAAGUGCUCCUGCUACUGCACAUAUAUGGAUGGAUAACGUCAACUGUACAGGAUAUGAAAAUAACAUUGAUGAAUGCCACUUUAAUGGUUGGGGAGUUCAUGAUUGUUCCCAUGGCGAAGAUUCUGCUGUUGAAUGUUCUUCUGCAAGUCAAGAAGACAAUAUGAUCUUCUUGUUGGAUAUAAAUGGUGAUGGACUUAUUUACAGAAUGGAUUUAUACACACAAAGCUAUGUCCGAAUACCAAUUAACCGCUUGUACACACCAACUGCAAUUGAUUAUAACCCUAUAGAGGGAAGAAUAUACUUUGUAGAUGGGCGACUGAAACAACUCGCCAGUAUGCAUUUCACUGGAGACGAUAUAAGAGAACUUAAACAACUUGAUACAAAUGCUGAUUUAGAUAAGAUUGAAGUUGAUCCAAUAAAUAGGAGAUUGUUCUAUGCGGACACUGGAAAUAAUCAAAUCGGAUCAUUGAGUCUGGAUGGGUCGGAUUUUCGUAUUAUUGUCAACAGCGGUUUAGAUGAACCUCGAGAUGUCGUUUCGGAUCCAAGAAAUAGAAUUGUAUACUGGUCUGACUGGGGAUCAUCGCCAAAGAUAGAGAAAGCAAACUAUGACGGAACCGGAAGAACUGUAGUCGUCAACUCUAAUCUGAAAUGGCCAAAUGGAAUGGCUAUUGACUUCGAUGAAAACAAACUAUACUUCGUUGAUGCUGGUACAGACAAAAUUGAAAGCACUGAUUUAAACGGAGGAAGUAGACAUACAAUAUACACAGAAACUGGUUCCCAUUUCUUUGCUAUAUCAAUCUUCCAACAAUAUCUUUAUUAUACAGACUGGACGGAACACUCUGUAAUGAGAAUAAAUAAGGAUGGGACAGGAAGAACGCAUGUUGGAGCUGCUACAUUCAGAGAACUGGCAGACAUCAGAGUUCAUAAAUAUGGAUAUGGUUUGCCAGGUGUUGUCACCCCAUCCCCAAUUGUCAUUGAUGAAAGUCACAUGUUUGUACGGUUAGUUGGUACAGGAGGACACAAUGAGGGAACUGUACAGGUAUUUGUCAAUGGAGUUUGGGGAUCAAUUUGUGAUGAUCACUGGGGAGAUGUUGAUGCUGGAGUUAUAUGUCACAUGCUUGGAUUUGGAAGAGAACAUGCAGUAGCCGUUUCAGAUGCACGAUACGGUACUUCACAAGUAACGCCAAUAUUUCUGGAUGAGGUGGCUUGCUCAGGAGCGGAAACACAUAUUGCGCAAUGUCAGUUGCCUCAAGGGUGGGCUAUUCAUGAUUGUGGACAUGGCGAGGAUGCUGGUGUUAAGUGCCAAUAUAAUCCGUCACAAAUUCGAACAUCCAUUAUUACCACUGACUCAAGACGGGCGGAAAUAUACAGAAUAGACAUGGAAACCGGAAGUUAUUCGGCCAUUCCAAACCAAAAUGUCUUCAAUCCCGUCGCUAUUGGUUUCGAUAGUAGUCAAAAGACAAUAUAUUAUUCAGAUGUACGUUUGCACCAAAUAAGGAGCACCAAUAUUGAUGGUUCGGGAAUGAGCAUCGUAAAACAACUAGCAGGUGUCGCGGAUGGUCUUUCUAUCGACGAAACACAUCGACUUCUCUUUUACACGGAUUAUGCAAGAGAACUUGUUGCCGUAAUGAAUUUGGACGGAAGUAGUGAACGCAAUGUAACAACAACAGGAAUUUCAAACCCACGUGGUAUAACAUUGGAUACAGCAAAUAGAAUUAUAUAUUGGACUGACUGGGGAAGCAGUCCAAAAAUAGAAAGGUCCGGAUAUGAUGGAACAGGCAGACAGACUAUUGUAACUACUGAUUUGAGCCUACCAAAUGCGAUUGUACUGGAUACUAAUACGGGAAAACUUAUUUUUGCUGAUGCAGGAACCAACAAAAUUGAAUCUGUAAAUACAGAUGGGUCUGGUAGACAGGUCAUAUUUGAAGACGCUGGUGCUCAUUUCUUCGGACUUGACGUAGAUCAAACAUACAUUUAUUUCUCGGAUUGGAACAAAGAAGGUAUAUUGAGGAUUAACAAAGAUGGAACACAUGAAGUCAACAUUGGUCCUCCUUCAUUUGGUAGAAUGAAUGGCAUCAAAAUUAUAAAUGGUUGA